AUGGAUUCUGCAAGAAGUUGGUUUCACAAGUUUCAACCACGAGAGAAGCCCCGUAAAAAAGAUAUGUUCUCCGGAAGCACUUGUGGCGGUGGCGGCGCAGAAACCACCGUCCCCGACGGAGGAGACGAAACAGAAACGACGUCGAAACUUCCACCACUAGGCGGAGACGGAGGAGAAGCACUCUCUAAUACAACCAAACAAAAAGUUGCUGCAGCGAAGCAAUACAUCGAGAAUCAUUAUAAGGAACAGAUGAAGAACCUCAACGAGAGGAAAGAAAGACGAACAACGCUAGAGAAGAAGCUAGCAGAUGCAGAUGUAUGCGAAGAAGAUCAAAACAAUCUUAUAAAGUUUCUUGAGAAGAAAGAAACAGAGUACAUGAGACUCCAAAGGCAUAAAAUAAGUGCUGAUGAUUUCGAACUCCUAACUAUGAUCGGUAAAGGUGCUUUUGGAGAGGUUCGUGUUGUUAGAGAGAAGAACACAGGUCAUGUUUUUGCUAUGAAGAAACUCAAGAAAUCAGAAAUGCUUCGCCGAGGCCAGGUAGAGCAUGUAAGAGCAGAGAGGAAUCUAUUGGCAGAAGUAGACAGUUACUGUAUAGUGAAGCUUUACUGUUCUUUUCAAGACAACGAGUAUCUUUACCUGAUCAUGGAGUAUUUGCCCGGAGGCGAUAUGAUGACACUUCUGAUGAGGAAAGACACUUUAAGUGAAGAUGAAGCUAGGUUCUAUGUCGCUGAAGCUGUUUUGGCUAUCGAAUCUAUCCACAAACGCAACUAUAUCCACAGAGACAUAAAGCCGGAUAACUUGUUGCUUGAUAGACAUGGACAUUUGAGGUUGUCUGAUUUUGGACUAUGUAAGCCAUUGGAUUGUAGUGUUAUUGAAGGAGAAGAUUUCUUGGUAGGCAAUUCGGGUAGCGGAGGAGGUUCAGAGAAGGAAGAGAGUGCGUCAACCGCUCCUAGACCCGACGGAGGAGACGAAACAGAAACGACGUCGAAACUUCCACCACUAGGCGGAGACGGAGGAGAAGCACUCUCUAAUACAACCAAACAAAAAGUUGCUGCAGCGAAGCAAUACAUCGAGAAUCAUUAUAAGGAACAGAUGAAGAACCUCAACGAGAGGAAAGAAAGACGAACAACGCUAGAGAAGAAGCUAGCAGAUGCAGAUGUAUGCGAAGAAGAUCAAAACAAUCUUAUAAAGUUUCUUGAGAAGAAAGAAACAGAGUACAUGAGACUCCAAAGGCAUAAAAUAAGUGCUGAUGAUUUCGAACUCCUAACUAUGAUCGGUAAAGGUGCUUUUGGAGAGGUUCGUGUUGUUAGAGAGAAGAACACAGGUCAUGUUUUUGCUAUGAAGAAACUCAAGAAAUCAGAAAUGCUUCGCCGAGGCCAGGUAGAGCAUGUAAGAGCAGAGAGGAAUCUAUUGGCAGAAGUAGACAGUUACUGUAUAGUGAAGCUUUACUGUUCUUUUCAAGACAACGAGUAUCUUUACCUGAUCAUGGAGUAUUUGCCCGGAGGCGAUAUGAUGACACUUCUGAUGAGGAAAGACACCUUAAGUGAAGAUGAAGCUAGGUUCUAUGUCGCUGAAGCUGUUUUGGCUAUCGAAUCUAUCCAUAAACGCAACUAUAUCCACAGGGACAUAAAGCCGGAUAACUUGUUGCUUGAUAGACAUGGACAUUUGAGGUUGUCUGAUUUUGGACUAUGUAAGCCAUUGGAUUGUAGUGUUAUUGAAGGAGAAGAUUUCUUGGUAGGCAAUUCGGGUAGCGGAGGAGGUUCAGAGAAGGAAGAGAGUGCGUCAACCGCUCCUAGACGUUCGCAGCAAGAACAAUUGCAACAUUGGCAGAAGAAUCGAAGAAUGCUUGCUUACUCAACCGUUGGUACACCAGACUACAUUGCACCUGAAGUCUUGUUAAAGAAAGGAUACGGCAUGGAAUGUGAUUGGUGGUCACUAGGAGCUAUAAUGUACGAGAUGCUUGUUGGGUAUCCACCCUUUUACGCCGNCAAACGCAACUAUAUCCACAGAGACAUAAAGCCGGAUAACUUGUUGCUUGAUAGACAUGGACAUUUGAGGUUGUCUGAUUUUGGACUAUGUAAGCCAUUGGAUUGUAGUGUUAUUGAAGGAGAAGAUUUCUUGGUAGGCAAUUCGGGUAGCGGAGGAGGUUCAGAGAAGGAAGAGAGUGCGUCAACCGCUCCUAGACGUUCGCAGCAAGAACAAUUGCAACAUUGGCAGAAGAAUCGAAGAAUGCUUGCUUACUCAACCGUUGGUACACCAGACUACAUUGCACCUGAAGUCUUGUUAAAGAAAGGAUACGGCAUGGAAUGUGAUUGGUGGUCACUAGGAGCUAUAAUGUACGAGAUGCUUGUUGGGUAUCCACCCUUUUACGCCGACGACCCAAUGUCUACUUGUAGAAAGAUAGUGAAUUGGAAAACACAUUUGAAGUUCCCUGAAGAAGCAAGGCUACCAGGAGCAGCAAGGGAUCUUAUUGGUAAGCUUUUGUGUAGCGUUAACGAACGAUUAGGCUCUACUACUGGUGCCUCCCAAAUUAAGGCACAUCCUUGGUUCGAAGGUGUAGAGUGGGAAAAUAUUUACCAAAUGGAAGCUGCGUUUAUUCCUGAGGUCAACGACGAUUUGGAUACUCAAAACUUUGAGAAGUUCGAUGAGGAAGAUAAUCAAACUCAAGCACCCUGUAGAACAGGGCCAUGGAGAAAAAUGUUAUCUUCAAAAGACAUAAAUUUUGUCGGCUACACAUACAAAAACUUCGAAAUCGUCAACGAUUAUCAAGUCCCCGGUAUAGCCGAACUAAAAAGGAAAGAGACAAAACCAAAGAGACCAUCGGUUAAGUCACUAUUCGAGAGCGAAUCGGAGGAGGAGUCGUCGUCGUCAGGUGGUUCGGAGCAACAGACCAUUGACAGGAGCUUCUCGAAUCCGACGCCUCGUGGAAUGGAACCCAACCUGAGACGUCCAGACUCUGAGUAAUUAAACUAAAAGUAAACCAAAUCGAGUUGGAGACAAAUGCCAAAUACAGAGAAUAAAACAAUUCUUCUUUUCUUUUA